CCAUUGUCACUAGCCUUUAAAAAGUUUGGAAGGUCUUCACCCUGGUCUGAAGAGCUACCGUGGUGUCAUCAACUCAGGUCUUGGUAGGGAGAGCAUUUAAGUAACACCAUGGCUGGCGCAUCCACCAGUAUGCGGCUGAGACUGCCCAUAGCUUGCAUUGCCUUGGAGGUCAUCCUCAUUAUACUGUUCGGAGUCGCUGUGGAAUAUGACCACGAUGUUAGUGGCGAGGCAGGGCACAAAACAAACACGACACACCACGACUACGAGAACGAAUUCUACUAUCGCUAUCCAAGCUUCCAGGAUGUACACGUGAUGAUCUUCAUCGGUUUUGGCUUCCUCAUGACGUUCCUGCAGCGCUAUGGCUUCAGCAGCGUUGGCUUUAACUUCCUCAUCGCCGCGUUCUCCUUGCAGUUGGCAACACUCGUGCAGGGCUUUCUCCAUACCAUAAUGACAGGUGGCAAAAUCCACGUCGGAGUGGAGAGCAUGAUAAACGCAGACUUCUGCACUGGUUCCGUGCUGAUCUCGUUCGGGGCAGUGCUGGGGAAGACCAGCCCUGUACAGAUGCUGACCAUGGCUGUGUUUGAGGUCAUACUGUUCUCCGUGAACGAGUUCAUCCUUCUUUCUCUUCUCAACGCAAAAGAUGCUGGUGGCUCCAUGACCAUCCAUACGUUUGGGGCAUACUUUGGCCUGAUGGUGACCCGUGUACUGUACAGGCCGAACCUGGAUAAGAGCAAUAAGAAGAAUAGCUCUGUGUACCAUUCUGACAUCUUCGCUAUGAUCGGCACCCUCUACCUGUGGAUGUUCUGGCCCAGCUUCAAUUCUGCCAUCACUCUUCAUGGAGACAUCCAGCACCGCACUGCCCUAAACACAUACUACUCUCUGGCUGCCUGCACCCUCUCCACGUAUGCCUUCUCUGCUCUCCUCAACCAUGAGGGAAAACUGGACAUGGUGCACAUUCAGAAUGCAGCACUUGCAGGUGGUGUAGCUCUUGGCACUGCUGCGGAAAUGAUGAUCACUCCCUUUGGCUCCAUGAUUGUGGGAUUUUUGGCAGGAGCAAUCUCAGUGCUGGGCUAUAGGUUUAUCACACCCUUUCUGGAGUCGAAGCUGAAGAUCCAAGACACAUGUGGUGUGCAUAACCUCCACGGAAUGCCAGGAAUUCUGGGUGCUAUUGUUGGGGCCAUCACUUCAUUGGCAGCAACCAAAGAACAUUAUGGCAACGGGUUGACAGCAGUGUUCCCUAAAAUCACCUCUGAUUUCCCAGCAUCCGCUCAGGCUGGCAUGCAAGCCAUUUCUCUGGUGGUCACUCUGGGCAUAGCCCUGAUUGGAGGUAUCAUUGUUGGGUUCAUUUUGAAGUUGCCUAUUUAUGGAGCCCCAUCAGACUCACAGUGCUUUGAAGAUGGAGUCUACUGGGAGGUGCCAGGAGAACCCGAGGACUGUCAAGAGCUGGCUGCAGUGAAAUCAGGAGAAGAGUCAGAGAAGCUCAAUUAAUAUACAUGUCUGAGUUUUGUGAGCAUGUAUGAAUGUGUGCACAUGUGGGUAUCAGUGUAUGUGUACCAAUUUACCUGCUUUUAUACACAGAGUAUACACUCAAAAGUGAGUAUAAGUGCCACGUGAUCUGUGGUCAAUUCUAGAGGUAUGAAUGUUGUGCUAUUCAAUACAAUGUGUACACAUGUGGUGCGUUGUUUGUUCAUUCGUUUAGAUGGAAUACUUCUUAUAGGAAAAAGUUCACCUCUAGGUCAGAGCCUGUUCAUAUGUUAAAACUAUUUAGCAUUUAGUUUAUGAGCAAUAUCUUUUUUAUUUCUUUUUUUUUUCAUAUCUUUAUGGGGAGGUUUCAGAUUGUGUUUAAAGCACUGCACUGGAGCAACGGACUUUUGAGGGAGGGCAGGACUAUGGCUGCCAGAACGUAGCAAUAUGCAGACUACAUUUAACAUUCUCUACGUAGUGAUUUUCAAGCCAGUUUCUGUGAACCUGCCUUGUGAUUAUGAAAUUAGCUCACUAUCUAUGCAACCACCAGAUGGCGGUACAGCGCUACUUGACUCCACUACAAUAAUUCGUAAAUAUGCAUAGGUUUUCCAAAGAAAAAUUGUGAUUUAGAAUUUACAUUGAGUAAGGACCAUUUAUAUCAUUUUGAGAACUAUAAGACAGACCUAUUGUUCUUUUUUUUCUUUUAUCCCCAAUGAUGUAUGUAAUGUUGGUUCCAACUAGACAGUCACAUUUUUUAUCUUUCAGGUCUUAUUAGGUAAAAUAAAUACACAAUUUGUCUCCAAUCAUGUUACCACAUCCUGAAAAAAAUGAUAUGUAGUCUUGGUAAGUUUCGUUCUUUUAACUGGAAUUUUUUUGUUUUAUGCAUUACACAAAAAAACAAAACUUUUACGCAGUAUUCUAAUAAAGAAAAUGCCUAUUUGUCAAA